AUGGCGUCAAUUGGGGAAUUCGACCCAUUACACUCCAGCGUACCUGCAACUAAGAUUGAAGUUACGGUAUCCUGUAGGACCCUACUUGAUAUGGACACCUUCUCCAAGUCGGAUCCUGUUGCGGUUCUGUACGUCCAGGGCAUUGGGACCAAGGAGUGGAGGGAGUUUGGCAGGACAGAGGUGAUUGACAACACGCUGAACCCAGACUUUGUGCGAAAGUUUGUGCUGGACUUCUUCUUUGAGGAGAAACAGAAUCUGCGCUUUGACGUGUACAAUGUAGACUCCAGGAGCUCAAACAUUUCAAAACACAAGGACUUCCUGGGACAGACGUUCUGCACCCUGGGCGAGAUCAUCGGGUCAACGGGCGGCAGGCUGGAGAAAACCCUCUCAGGGAUCCCUGGGAAGAAGUGCGGUCUUAUUAUCUUCACGGCGGAGGAGUUGAGUAACUGUAGGGAUAUAGCCACCAUGCAGUUGUGUGCUAACAAGCUGGAUAAGAAGGACUUCUUCGGAAAGUCUGACCCUUUCCUGGUCUUCUACCGCAGCAACGAGGAUGGAACGUUCACCAUCUGCCACAAAACCGAGGUGGUGAAGAACACGCUGAACCCCGUGUGGCAGCCCUUCACCAUUCCCGUACGAGCGCUCUGCAAUGGAGAUUAUGACAGAACGGUCAAGGUGGAUGUGUACGAUUGGGACAGGGAUGGAAGCCAUGACUUCAUCGGGGAGUUCACCACCAGCUACAGGGAGCUGUCCCGCGGACAGAACCAGUUCAAUGUCUACGAGGUCUUGAAUCCUAAAAAAAAAGGAAAAAAGAAAAAGUACGUAAACUCCGGCACGGUCACGCUGCUGUCCUUCAACGUGGACUCGGAGUACACCUUCGUGGACUUCAUCCGCGGCGGGACCCAGCUCAACUUCACUGUGGCCAUUGAUUUCACAGCGUCCAAUGGGAACCCUUCUCAGCCAACAUCGCUACACUACAUGAACCCCUACCAGAUGAAUGCCUACGCCAUGGCACUCAAGGCUGUGGGAGAGAUCAUCCAGGACUACGACAGUGACAAACUUUUUCCCGCCUAUGGCUUCGGCGCCAAGCUGCCUCCGGACGGGAAGAUCUCGCACGCCUUCCCUCUGACGAUGGACAGCGAAAACCCAAACUGUGUGGCAAUCGAAGGGGUCCUGGAAGCCUACUUCCAGAGUCUUAGAACUGUUCAACUCUACGGUCCAACCAACUUCGCUCCAGUCAUCAACCAGGUAGCCAGGUCGGCUGCAGCUAUGACAGACGGCUCACAGUACUUCGUCCUGCUCAUGAUCACAGACGGGGUCAUCUCUGACAUGGUGCAGACCAAGGAGGCUGUCAUUAAUGCUGCCUCCCUACCCAUGUCCAUCAUCAUUGUUGGGGUGGGACCUGCUGAGUUUGAUGCCAUGGAAGAGCUGGAUGGGGACGAGGUCCGAGUCUCCUCCAGGGGGCGCUACGCGGAGAGAGACAUAGUGCAGUUCGUGCCGUUCCGAGACUACAUCGACCGCUCAGGCAACCAGGUCUUGAGCAUGGCCCGCCUGGCUAAGGACGUGCUGGCUGAGAUCCCCGACCAGCUGCUCUCCUUCAUGAAGUCACGGGGCAUCGAGCCCCGCCCGUCCCUGGCAGCCGCGCCCUCGCCCGCCCUGCACAUGCGCAUCUGA